UCUUACUCUAUUCUUUCUCCCCUCUCUGUCAUUUUGGCAGCUCUGUUUUCACUGUUCUUCUGUUAUAUGUUUUUGCUCUGUUCUUGGGAAAUUUAGAAAAAAGAAACGAAAAGAAAAGAAAAAAAUCUGCUUGAAGGUUUGCUUUUGAGAAAUGUAUGCAGAGACGGGGCUUUUGUUCCCUUAUUUUCAGAAUUUCUCUCAAGAAGUUCAGCAAUUUGAGGAUUUGUGCAAAGCCCAGAAGUCCAAUGCCUCGAUGAGAGACCUUAUGCAGACUUCCAUGAUAUCAGAAUAUGACAUGGGAGGAGAAGGGGAUUUGUUCAAGGCUCCAGAACCCAUUAUUGAAGAGCCAGUCAUGAGCCUUGAUCCGAUGUCUGCGGCUAUGUCCUUGAUAUCAUGCGGUGAAGAUGUCAUCUCUCGCCAAGCGCUCAAGGUUGCAGACAUUGAAUCACUUCAAAAGGAGCAGCUUUUGAGCGAGGUUUUGUACGAGUGCGAGAAGGAUCUCUUAGAACAGGCGGCGAUGGAAGUGCCUCUUUCUGAAGUCCUAGAAAUUAAGAUUCCUUCUUUGAGGAUUGAUGGAAACCAAAUCCAAGAGAACAAGCCGCUUUUUGAUUUAUCGUUCCAGAAAAGUGUUAGCUCGGAAUGUUUAAGCUCAAUGGACUGGAUGCAUGGACCUAUGACAACGCCGAGUUUUCUGGAAUUUCGUGGAAUGGAUUUGGGCGCUGCCUACGGGAUGCGACGAGCAUUCAGUGACGGGGACAUCAAGACUCUUGGCAAUGGUAGCAUAAGCCUCAUCCAUUCUCCUCACGAGCGGCCGAUGAUCAUCAGCAAAAGCAUCUCCGAGGAACGCAAGGAAAAGCUUUCUAGAUACAGGAAUAAGAAGAAUAAGAGGAACUUUGGAAGGAAGAUCAAGUAUGCCUGCAGGAAGGCUCUUGCUGACAGCCAACCAAGGAUCCGCGGAAGGUUUGCGAGGACCGAAGAAUCCGACUGCAAGAGGCUAUAACUUUGACUUACCAUAGUAAGAAGAAGCCUAGGAAUGAAGUAGCUAGAUCCGACGAUGUUGCUCAACAAAUUCCCAACUUCUGCAAAGUAGUAGAUCUCUUAUUGCUGUAAUAACUAAUAACCUCCUCUGUAGACAGACCUACAUGGCCUUGUAGAGUUGUAAAUAGGGUAUGCUAAAUAAAAGGGGAGGCAAACUAAGUGUUACUUGUUCAUAUAAUAUGUUAUGAAAUGUAAUAUUUUGAGCCA